UUGUUAUCAUAUCGAUACUUGCAAAAUAAAUUGAUCAACGUAGCCGAAACAAGGUUUGUGUCAGGAUUUGGUCGAGACUCUUCUUACGAUGUGGUAACAACGACAACGCACUGGUAUCUUCGGGUCUACCUUGGUUGACCGCUCGCGGCUGUGCAUGUAGCGAUAUGCCUAGAGGCAAGGAUAUCAAAUGACAGCUGAUAAUACAGUAAUAUUUGGCUGGGAGGUAAAUUGACCCGCUUUAUUAACGGCUUGCCGGUAAGGUGAUGAUUCCACGUGUCGACAUUGCUUCUUAACAUGGAUGGACAGUGUUGCUGACACCAGUUAUUGGGAUACAAAUUUUCAUUUGUAUUUCGCUUCCAUCAGUACCAUGGGUCUGUAUACGACCACAUCCUGUUGCUGAUUUCAUUGCUGUGGAUAUAAACAAAAGUAUCAAUCCAUGUAUCUGCGAUGCCGGUGAGUUUAUUGUCGUGAUAUGUUUUUUUUAUUUGCGGAUCUUGUGGUUCGAUACAUUGCUGUGAGAAUAUUGUAGUUUUGUUCCAUGUGCGGAUAGUGUGGUUGACUUUCAUCAUGGAUUUUGGGAGCUCCACUGCAUGGCUCUUCCUCUGUGUUAUAGUGAUGGUCCUUGAUGUCCUGUGUGUUGUUACGAUAUCUCACUACAGAAACCAUUACCACGGCACGGACAUCACCCUGCUACUUAUCAUCGUCCCCAUGGCACUAAACGCCGUUUUCACCUUACCCAUCCCAGCUGUAAUCACCAUCGGCAAUUACCCAUGGACACAAGAACUAUGCUCAUUGUAUAUCUGGAUAUUUUGUACUCUGCGUUUGACGCAGAUUCUCGGUCUUCUCUGCCUUAGUUUACAAUGGGCUUUCUUCAUGCGAAUCACCGGCGAGGCACAGAGUAAAAUUUCUACGUUUGCCGCUCCUUGGAUCAUGGCAGGGGCUAUGGUGCUUUCCGGGCUAGUGGGAAUCCUACCUGUAGCAGGGGUUGCCAAUGACUCUUACUUCAACGCCCGCGAUAAAACCUGCGCUUUUUUACCGUACGAAUGGGGUGUCGGCUUCUCGGUGUUCUUUGUCAUCUUGGUCUGUGCCAUGACGUGUGCCUCGACUGUGUGUCUCGCGGAUGCCACCUUGCUAUUAAGGCACAUGAAAAAAGUGGCUGUGACUAAGUAUCGAGCCGAAAGGUUUCACGUUCCGGUGUCAAUAUCGACCAAAUACCGGCACGGCAAGAGGAAUGUUCAGGAUCGAUACGGAGAGCUCAUCUUUGCCUCCGAUCUCUGCCGAUUUGUGUUCGUAUUCGUUAUGUUUUCAACCAUUGUCAACCAUCUACCGUUUGCGAUCAUCCAGUGUGUCCAGCUCGUGUUUACUCCAGACCGUGACGUCAUUGAGACAAUUACCCUCUGGUUGGUUCUGGCUGAUUGUUUGCUGCUACCUCACACACUGUGGCUUCUCAGUAAAAGGUACAGACACGGCCUCAUCUACUUCUGGAAGGUUCACAUCCUGAGAAACACCACUGCAGAAGAAGGUAAAGACCCCGGGGGAAAGAAAGCUGUUCUUAGUAUGACGGCAAUAUGGUCCUAA